CGGCGUGUAAUAACUUGGAAAAAAAAUUUUAACAAUGGUCCAUGGAUGCUCUGUCGAAGCACGGACUAGAGUUGGAAGCCAAGUAGAUAUUAUCCACCUGCAGGAGUCGUGAGCAAGUAACACGCUGAAGUAGUAGCUAACUACUGCCAUAUGUAUUUCCAAGUCCCAUGCGAAGGAGGUACUUCGAAAUGCCCCUUUUCUUCUAACGGUAUUCGAUACCGGAUGUCUCCGCUACCGGCGACAGACUGGAGAACAUUAUUGGCUAUUACGGUUGUCCUAUGGCUAAAGAAUCUCUCAUUUGCCUACCCCUUGCAGCAGGACGAGGACGACUGUAACCCUAUUGUCAUGAUAUCCACGAGUGACGGCCACACCCGGCACUUUCUCCAGUGACGCCAAAGAUACGCCGGAGGUUCGCUUGUGCCGCCAAGAACGGCCAACAAUAAUGCAGCCUACCCACACGACUCUAGUACGAUAAAUGGCCUCGCCUUGUCCUACGAGCAGCGACGCCUUCGACAACGUGGGGAAGACGUCAACGUCGAAUGGAUCUUGCAUAUAUCUGUACGCUAUGAGUGAUCCCUACCUAUCCUAGAUAUUCCUUCACGAUGGGAUUUUGUGUACAUUGCUACGUAAUCAUCCGUUUUUUCUUCCUCUUGUAACGUAGGUGUAGCCGGUCAGGAUUCGUGCAAGGGACCUUGACGUUGUUGCCCGGAGAGCAGUCAAUGAACUUUCUCAUGAAAUUCAAGCGUUUCGUGAACAGUGAGUGGAGCCAUGCGUGUGCCACACAUGAGAUAACUGGUCUGCCUGUGAAUUUAAAGAUGUGUCGAACGUUCGUAAGGUAAUUCACCAUCGGGAAUUCUGCAUGAGCUCUUCCUCUGGAUAAUAUCAAUGAUACCGGGUAGAUCUUGGGUAACUGUGGGUACGUCAUUCGGUGGUGAGUAAUAUAAUGAAGUAUCUAGAUAAGAGAUUUCUCUAUGCCAGCCUGCAUGUAGCUGCCGCGCGCAGGAGACGCGAGAGAUAAGAUAGAAAUAAGUCUGGAAGUUCCAGGAACCCUAAAAGUUGAAAGCCGCUCGUAAAACUCUGAGGGGGAGGUUGAACCUAAGGCCAAAGUAACUUUGCAACCGGUUUCGUCGAACGCUAAAUAAAGUCAUGUAGGUACGACGUGUUCGAGGAUAUCGCAGUCCUGAUAAUUGCACUCUUUAAAAAAAACCUAUACAAUUCCUUUCCAAAGCAUAUGGUUCACUUCAAUUACAGAUUAACCCGUCCUUGUGAAAACUUCAUUCACCUGGGCCCACUUCUUCCUUCGUCAGGAGGAUCAGCUCAGAAUUCAUUCUGCUGCGACUCUAGGAUAAAGUGCUGUUUAAAAAUACACUGGACGGAUCCUGCCGACUCCCGAGUCCUCGAGCUAGCGCUGCAUGCAUGUAUAUUGAUGAGACGUGGCCACCAAAAGAUGCAUAGAAAAACGUCAAAGAUCCCAACUGUCUGAUUUAAUGGAUCUCGCACGAAGUCUAGCCGAGCGUAUGGACUUUGAAAUAAAAUGAAAGAGAAUAGGAAUAUCAAGGAGUAUACGUGGUGAACGUGAUGAACGUGGUGAACGAUACACGCAUCAUAUGUUCGUAUAGAAUAUACCAUGAGAAAACUAUAAAGAAUUGAUAAAAGAGUCUUUUAUCAGUGACUAUGGUAAAGAAAGAAAAUCCGUAGGAAUCCUUUGGUCCAGCAACAAAGCCCUAUUGAUUAUAAGAUAGAUCUCAAACGAGACACGUCUUUCGAUCAGGAUGACAAUGAUGACACGAGGAACGUAGAUAGGUUCUGCGUAGGUUCUGCGUUCAACGUAGAGCAGAUGAGACGUGUGUCUCAUACGUAUAACGUAUCGGAUAUAACGGAAUUCUUUGGGUCCCAAUCUUCUUUCCCUCUUUUUGUUUCUCUUAUUUUUCCAUGGAAACAGAGGAACUUCGAAGAAGCUACCAAAGAAGACUGCCUCUUCUUCUUUCGGAUUCCAAGAGAGCCUCGGUCGCGCCAUCCACAAAAUUCGUACGGCGUACGUGGUGGGGCAUCGCGUCGAGGGAGCAACGGGGUCGGCAGAGAACAGUGGAGAUUCAAGAGAGUCAAGAGUCUAGAGAAAGAUGGAGAGAGAGAGAGAGAGAGAGAGAGAGAGAGAGAGAGAGAGAGAGAGAGAGAGAGAGUGAGGAGAGAAAAGAGGAGGAAAGGAACGCAAGACGCCUCGGGCCAACUGUCUCCGAGAGAUUCAUUUGGCGGAUAACGGUUAGAGUGCGAGGUAGUUUCUACAGUUGAUUCAAAUAAUUUUCAUGGUUCCUCCUUCUCGUUUCGUUAUUGUAACGUUAAUUGCAUAAAUAUAAAUAACAAAGUCACUCUCUUCCUCUCCUUUUCCCUCUGCAGACAAUAGAAUUACAUUGGAUUUUUCAAACCGAUUAUAUACCAUUCAAGAGAGUCAGAGGGACACAGCAAAAAAUCCAGACUGUCUUACGGCAUCACGUGUAACCGCAAACCGCGCUGGUUUGCUUUAUAGUAUUUUUUCAUCGUACUUCCAACCCACCCCGUCCUUUUGUAGCGUGGUGGAUUCUUUUUAUUUUGCCAGCAGCCACAGUUUGUGCGACACGCUGUGCCUUAUUUGCACUGGCGCGAAAGAGACAAGGGCUCUUUCUUUUCCACAAUACUGCAUGUGUAUGUACAGCUUUGCCUUGGUGCUCGUCCCCUGUCAGCAGUGCAUGCGGCAUGGAAGUACUUGGAUACUCGCUGCCAAAGGUGCCUCCAACUGCCGUGUGAAACUCCACGUGACUGCAAUAAUAUUUUAUACAUAUACGCAGCCAAUGAAUUAUGGGCUAUUAAACUUAGCCGGGCACUCUCGAAUCCUCGAGCGUCCACUAGGAGCAUUACUUCGCGCCUGUGGCUUUGCAAUUUCCGAAGAUCCAGAUUCAACGGAGAAGAUGCCAGUGCGAAUGGUCCUGAAGAAAUUAAGUAAAAGGAUCUAGAUAUAAUUAUUAGUCUUGAAAGACUUUUAGAUCACGCAACUCCGUGUCAUUGGCUACUAGAUUAACUACAGUACAAUUGAGAACGCAUCGAUCAACAUGGAUUCGGGGGCCACUGAUAUAAUGAAAUUUCUAGUAUCAGUGAAGACACAGAUACUCGCUUCUAGUGUCAUCAGACUCAUUUCCUGGUAAACGAUGUCAGAGAGAGCAUGGCAAUUGUUACUUGUGAUGGGAGCUGCGACAUUCAGUACAGGUGUGGCUGUCAAAAUUGACAGCGGGGAUCAUCCGAUUGAGAGAAUUGUCAAUGGAGAAUUGACAGAGCCUUAUGAGUUUCCUGGUAUUCUUUCCCUGGGAUUGACGUCCUGGGCGUCGAUCAUGCAUCUGCAUCAAUGCGCGGGAUCUUUGAUAGCUGAAAAUUGGGUACUGACUUCAGCGGGGUGUGUCCUGGGUGCCGUGAAUAAUACUGGACUUUACUACUGGUUAGCUGGUACAUAUCAUCUUCAUCUGCCAGGCAUUACGCGUAAUAUACAGAGGAUCGUUCAGCAUCCGAAUUACAAUCCUAAUGAAUCCUGGAUUCAUGAUUUGGCUCUUACUCAGUUGGAUAAACCCAUCGUCUUUUCCAUAUCAGUUCAGCCUCUGAUCUUGAAGCCAUCUAUCGAUAUGUCAAUGGACACUGAAUUUACUGUAGCCGGUUGGGGUCAGGUUUCUGAAACUUUAAUACAGCCAUCGGUACUUCGUAAAACGACAGUAAAACUGUCCGAUGGAGAUUUCUGUAGAAAUGCUUAUGCCAAAUGGAAUUUGAGCAUCCACGAGGAAUUUCAAUUUUGCGCAGGGUCGAGAGACGAGGUCACUGGAGUAUGCGAUCGGGACACGGGAGGACCACUUUUUCUUAAAAACAGUAAAGUCAUCGUGGGCGUAAUAUCCUGGCGAUAUGGCUGUGGACUACCAGAGUAUCCUACAGUUUACGUGCGGCUCUCUUCCUACAUAGAAUGGAUGAGUCAAGUGACGGGAUUGUUCUUUUAUCUUUAGAGAAAGAGAUAAGACUUAACA